UCGCCCUCUAUUAAUAAAAAAAAAAUCAGUCUUGUUAUGUUGGUCAUCUCAGAAGUUUCACAGUAUUGUUUAAUAAAAAUAUUGUUUGUAGUUUAAUUAAUAGAUUAUUAUUGUUGAAAAAGAUGUUUGUCACAUUAGGAAAAAUUUGCAAUGCAACAGUAUUGAGGAAUAUAAGACAGAUACAAACUUCAGCCAUCCGUGCAUCUGAUCAUCUUUUUGUUCAUCGCGAUUCAGAACAAGAUAAUCCAAAUAUUCCAUUUGAAUUUAAUGAUGCCAACAAAAAACGAGUGGAAGCAAUACUUGGUAUUUACCCUGAGGGCCAUAAACGUGGUGCUAUGAUUCCAUUGUUGGACUUAGCUCAACGUCAACAAGGUUGGCUGCCGAUUUCCGCGAUGCACAAAGUUGCAGAAAUUUUAGGUGUGUCAAACAUGCGUGUAUACGAAGUUGCUACAUUCUACACGAUGUUCAAUCGUCGACCGAUGGGAAAAUAUCACGUACAAAUAUGCACAUGCACCCCAUGCUGGUUACGCGAUUCUGAUUCCAUCGUUCAAGCUGUUGAAGCAGCUACUAAUUGUAAACUUGGGGGUACAUCUGCUGAUAAUUUGUUUACUCUUUCCGAAGUUGAGUGUCUUGGAGCUUGCGCCAAUGCUCCGAUGUUACAAGUUAAUGAUGACUACUACGAAGAUUUAACUCCAGAAACAACAAAAGAAAUAAUAAACAAAUUAAAAGUUGGUGAAAGACCACCACCCGGACCACAGAAAUCUCAACGAUUUGCAGCAGAUCCAGCUGGUGGGCUUACAUCUCUAACAACACCACCACCUGGACCCGGUGAUUUUAUACGAAGUGAUUUAUAAAUUAUUGAUUAAAUUAUAAAAUUAUUAAAAGUAAUAGUCGUCUGCUUUAUAAUUUUUAAACAGCUAUUACAAUUAUAGGUAUCUAUAAAGAAGAAUUUAUGAAUA